GGGCAGCGGGGGACACUUCCUGGGACUGGGUGCGGCGGGGCCCGUGCUCCUUCUUCCCUGGACCGCUGCGCGUGGAUUGCGUUCUCCUGUCUGGCACGGCUCUUCCGUUCAAGGUUUUCCUUUUUCUUAAAUACUGCCAGUCAAGGCAACCAAAAUAAGGUGGCACAAUAGAAGCUAAUAAUUGAAGAACUGCAAUCAAUGAUUAUAUUUCACACUGGAAGUUGAACCUGGAGGAAAAAAAAUCUUAUUUUAAACAGUUAUAAUGGCAGAAAAAAGACAGCCUUAUAAUGUAGAGGAAGCAAUGGAGCAACUGAUAGGACCUGGUGGACAAAAAUGGGCCACUAUGGAUCCAGAAGAACGAAUGUUAGCUGCUGCUACAGCUUUUACACAUAUCUGUGCAGGGCGGGGCGAAGGAGAUAUUAGGAGAGAAGCUCAGGCUAGCCAGUAUGAUCCCUACAGUAAAGCCUCAGUGACACCAGGAAACAGACCUGCCCUUCCUAUGCAGCUGCACUACCCACAUAUAAGAAGCCGUGUAACUUCAUCAACAGUCUCAGAGGCUUCCCAAAAAUGCAGGAAGCCAGUGAUGAAGAGAAAGGUUCUGCGCAGAAAGCCAGAUGGGGAAGUACUGGUGACAGAUGAGUCUGUUAUCAGUGAAUCUGAAUCUGGUACAGAAAGUGAUUUGGAUCUCUGGGACUUAAGACACAGGCUGAUGAACCUGCAAUUUCAAGAAGGCACAGAAUCUCCAAGUGAUGCUUCACAAAAAUUUAACAUACCACAUGACUAUCAAGGAAUUUCACAAGAAAAUCAGCUCAUUUGCUAUCUACAAAGAGAAGAAAUGGGCCCUCCUGUUUAUGAACAAGACUUGAUUGUAGCCAGCAGACCAAAGUCCUUUAUUCUCCCCAGGCUAGAUCAGUUAAGCCGGAACCGGGGCAAGAUAGACCGAGUAGCCAGAUAUUUUGAGUACAAAAGGGAUUGGGAUUCAAUGCGGUUUCCUGGGGAAGAUCACAGAAAAGAGCUACGCUGGAAUGUCCGAGGACAGAUGCUUUCCAGAACAGAACCCCAGUCCAAGCCUCAACAUGUAUAUGUUCCAAACAAUUACUUAGUACCAACUGAGAAGAAACGAUCUGCCCUUCGGUGGGGUGUCCGUUGUGACCUUGCAAAUGGUGUCAUGCCCAAGAAGUUUCCUUUCCCCCUUUCUCCUUCUUAAGUCUUUUUAACACGGGAUUUAGCAUAGCCUAGUUCUUUAUCUCUCUCCUUUCAAAUACAACUGACUUGGAAGGCCUGCAGAACACAGAGUAGGGACUUCAUUGGCCCUCCCUAACUUUAUUAUGUCACAUCAGGUAUCAUACACCAUUUAAAUUUCUAAAUUGCUGUUCUCAAAUGCAGCAAUUGGGGGGGGGGGAGCAAACUAUCUGAAAUGUGGAUUUUGUCAAUAAUAAGUGCCAUUUUGAAAAGA